CUCAUCGAUCCGCCCAAAAGAAACGCUCCUAUAUCGAUCUCGCCGCAGAAAAGGAGCAGUGGAGCUGCGGACGGAGAGGAGAAAAGAAGAAAGCAAACGAGCCUCCAGCUUUUCCCACUCAAAAGAAUACAUACACAUCAGACCACAUAGCCUAGCUACGUAGACCGAUCAACUCACAGAAAUUCGCAGAGGGGCAUAGGCUGGACUCCUAUAGCUCUAGCUCGCCCGCCUAGGCACGCGCGCGGGGGGUGUCGCCUCGCCCGCCAUUAAAAUCCCUUGGUUCCCGGUGGUGCAGUGCCGCUUAACCCUCAUGUUGCCUCCGCCUCGCCGUAGCUGCUUACUACAUGGAUACGCUGUUUAGGUUGGUUAGCCUCCAAGCCACCACCGAGCAGCAGCAGCAGCAGCAGCAGCAGUCGGCGUCGUACAACUCCAGGAGCACCACCUCGAGCGGCUCUCGGUCGUCCUCGCACCACACCACCGCCUCCUACAGCUACUACAACAGCGGCUCCGGCUCCGGCGGGCAGCCGCAGCAGCAGUACUACUAUAGCCAGCCGCAGCAGUCGUACUACCUGGAGCCGUACCACGAAGAAUGCGGCGGCGGCAACGCCCACCAGGAUCAUCAUCAACAUCAUCAGCAACACCAGCACCAGCAGCAGCAGCUCUACAUGGAUGAGGACUUCUCGUCGUCGUCUUCCUCGAGACACUUUGGGGGCCACCAUGGUUCCCACGGGGGGCAGCAGCAGCAGCCGUCGUCCACGCCCCCGCUGUCCACGACGUCUUCCACGGCCGCCGGGCACGCGCUGUUCGAGCCAGCCGAGCUCUCGUUCCCGCCGGACCUCAACCUCGACUUCUCGUCCCCGGCUUCGUCCUCCGGAGGGGGCAUCGCGGCGGCGUCCGCUUCGUCUCCGGCGGUUAUUGGUGGCGCAGGAGGCGGGCGGUGGGCGAGCCAGCUGCUGAUGGAGUGCGCGCGGGCCGUGGCGUCCCGGGACAGCACGCGCGUGCAGCAGCUCAUGUGGAUGCUCAACGAGCUGGCGUCGCCGUACGGGGACGUGGAGCAGAAGCUGGCCUCCUACUUCCUGCAGGCGCUCUUCGCCCGGCUCACGGCGUCCGGGCCGCGCACGCUGCGGACGCUGGCCGCGGCAACGGACCGGAACACCUCCUUCGACUCCACCCGCCGCGUCGCGCUCAAGUUCCAGGAGCUCAGCCCGUGGUCCUCCUUCGGCCACGUGGCCGCCAACGGGGCCAUCCUCGAGUCCUUCCUCGAGGCCGCCGCCGCGGCGCCAUCGUCGGAGCCACAGCGGUUCCACAUCCUCGACCUCAGCAACACCUUCUGCACGCAGUGGCCGACGCUCCUCGAGGCGCUCGCCACACGCUCCCCCGACGACACGCCGCACCUCUCCAUCACCACCGUCCACGUGUCCUCCUCCUCCGCCGCGUCGUCCCCCGCCGUGCAGCGCGUGAUGCGGGAGAUCGGCCAGCGGAUGGAGAAGUUCGCCCGCCUCAUGGGCGUCCCCUUCCGCUUCCGCGCCGUGCACCACUCGGGCGACCUGGCCGAGCUCGACCUCGACGCGCUCGACGUCCGCGAGGGCGGCGCCACGACCGGCAUCGCCGUCAACUGCGUCAACUCGCUCCGCGGCGUCGGCGCACGCCGGCGCGGCGAGUUCGCGGCGCUGCUCCGCCGCCUCGGCCCCCGGGUCGUCACCGUGGUCGAGGAAGAAGCCGACUUCGUGGCCGACUCCGAUCAUCACAGGUCUGCUGACCAAGACGCGGAGACAGAUCAGGCGGCGUUCCUGAAGGUGUUCGGCGAAGGGCUGCGCUUCUUCUCGGCCUACAUGGACUCGCUGGAGGAGAGCUUCCCCAAGACGAGCAACGAGAGGCUGGCGCUGGAGAGGGGCGCCGGGCGCGCCAUUGUCGACCUGGUCUCGUGCCCGGCGUCCGAGUCCAUGGAGCGGCGGGAGACGGCCGCGGCAUGGGCGCGGCGGCUGCGGUGCGCCGGGUUCUCGCCCGUGGCGUUCAGCGAUGACGUCGCGGACGACGUGCGCUCGCUCCUGCGCCGGUACCGGGAGGGAUGGUCGAUGCGGGACGCCGGCGCGGAGGAUUCGGCGGCGGCCGGGGCCGGCGUGUUCCUGCAGUGGAAGGAGCAGCCUCUCGUGUGGGCGAGCGCCUGGAGGCCAUGAUCGAUCCAUCCAAUUGCCAACGACUGAUCGAUCGCCAAUGCAACUACAUGCAAACAUUCAAAUGCAUUGGGUCGUAUCAUCGGCAUGGGUAGCUCUCGUGUGUCCCCAACUCACACGUAGGGUUUUGAAACAGCGUAGGAAGGAAUUGAAGGAAGGAAAGACAUUGAUGGCUCACGUACGUACGUACGUACUCUGGAGGUUGAUCGAGCUAGGAGGAAGAAGAAGGUGAUGAUCAUAGCUUAAUUUUAGUUUUUUUUAAAUUAGACUUGCAUCGAUUUUUAAUCAUCGGUAACUCGCCACAAGUUCUUGGCACUGUCGAUGAUCUUGAUUUGCUUCCUUAAUUUCUUUAGCCCUUUGGUUUGUGGCUUAACAACUUUUCUUCACCUUAAUUUACGUGCAUGGUUCUGUCAGAUGGCCGGCCGGCAUUUCCUAGCUAGCUUAGCUACUCCUACUUGCAUCGAUCGAUGCUUUGCUUGUUCCUUGUCUUGUUGAGAUGUCACUUCUUUCCUUCUUGAUGGGAAGGUUAUGACCGGCA